AUGGUUAAAGGCGAUUUCCGAGGCGUCGGACAACAUCGAGAANGCGAUGAUCGAAUCACCUUGGAGGGUUUGGACCAGCCGUACACCUUCCCAAACGAUGAAGACUCCAGCGAGAACGAAGGAGGUUCGGAGGACGGCAGCGAUGGGCCCGAGGGGCGGGACGAGGAGGGCGCCGGAAGGCGCGAGCCGGUCGUCGGGGAUGAGCGCAACGGUGCCAACAGCGGGGAGGGCAUGGAGGGCGCUGGAUACAGCGAUGAAGACGACGACAGUAAGUUUGAUUGGCACUACAUAGACUACACAUGGACCCAGACGACCCGGAGGACGAGACGCAGGGAAUGGAGAUCCCGGCGGGCUUUCCGCCUUCAAGAAUCUACCUCCGCUGCUCUUGACAGAUUUCUUUUGCAACGUGGAGUGUUUGUUCGGCUGGGCAUGGGGUGGUUCGGUGGGUUGAUCAUUCAGCAAUCUCCGCAGCGCCACCUGUACGACUACUACANCCUUCAAGAAUCUACCCCCGCUGCUCUUGACAGAUUGCUUUUGCAACGUGAAGUGCUUGUUCGGCUGGGCAUGGGGUUGUUCGGUGGGUUGAUCAUUCAGCAAUCUCCGCAGCGCCACCUGUACGACUACUACAGUGUGCAGCUGGAAGUAGACCACAGUACGCGCAAUAUGAAGCUGCCCUUAGACAAGUACAGCGGAGAUCCAGACGCGGCGGUAGGCUCAUGGGUUUGCUUGAGAGCGUCAGUAGAGCGGGAAGGGUACGGAACCCCAACGUCACUCUUGUGGACCAAGACGGUUGACAGUUGCCCCAUGGGGGGGUGUUUGCGGGUAUGAAACUCUGCGUCAAGUGCAGUUCAGU